GCGGCCCGCGGCAUGGCCUCGGCGGUGUUUGAGGGCACCUCGCUCGUGAACAUGUUCGUGCGUGGCUGCUGGGUGAACGGCAUCCGCAGGCUCAUCGUCAGCCGGCGCGGGGACGAGGAGGAGUUCUUCGAGAUCCGCACCGAGUGGUCGGACCGCAGCGUGCUUUACCUGCACCGCAGCUUCGCCGACCUGGGCCGCCUGUGGCAGCGCCUCCGCGACGCCUUCCCUGAGGACCGGCCCGAGCUGGCGCGCGCGCCGCUGCGCCAAGGACUGGUCGCCAUAAAGGAUGCUCAUGAUAUAGAGACCAGGCUCAAUGAGGUGGAGAAGCUGCUGAAGACCGUCAUAAGCAUGCCGUGUAAAUAUUCUAGGUCAGAAGUCGUGCUCACCUUCUUUGAAAGAUCUCCUCUGGAUCAGGUGUUAAAAAAUGACAAUGUACAUAAAAUUCAACCCAGCUUUCAAAGUCCAGUGAAAAUAUCAGAUUUGAGAAUGGUGGUGAGUUUACCUCAGAGCUGGAGGAUGGCGAGGACCCAGCAGCUUAUGUCACCAACCUGUCUUAUUACCACCUGGUCCCCUUCGAGACAGACAUUUUGGACUGAGUCUCCUUUGGAUCCCCUCCUCCCUCAGCACUUGACUGCUGGUUCUGCUGGUGUCCACUGCACAAGCUUCAAGCCGGGGUUAGGCCAUGCCCGCGGUGACCAGGCAUGGCUGCCAGGCCCCACCCAGCAGCAUGCACCAGUGAGGCCUGGUGUCCUGUGAGUGAGGCAUCCAGGGUUUCCUGGGUUAAGGCUGACCCCAGGAUCUCCAACAACCAGAAGUCAGAUUUUGAUUGCCCUGUGGAGCCUGCCGCUGCUGCUGAGGGGUCUUCUCUCUCCAUUCCGUACUGCCAGCCUGUUUCUGCAUUCCUAGGGCUCGCUCCCCACCUGUGUGUGGAGGAGCCACAAGUGCCUGCAGGACAUUGAUAUACAAGGGCAGGACAUCGAUAUGCAAGGGCAAGACAUCCAGGGCUUUGCUGGGUUCUUCCUCUGCUGUUACUGCUUCCUGGAAAGGAAAUCUUCCUCUUGGUACAGUGGCUGAGGGCCACCCGGACCUCUUUACCCUCACCACCCGUCACAUGACAAGCGCACAAAACAAUCCGUGUGAGGUUUUAUUGAGUUGCCAAGUUCUGGACAACAUAGGCAUGGUAUGUUAAGUAAUCAGGAUUUCCCUGGGAACCAGGAUGUGCGGCUUUCAUUUCUGUUUUUCAUCUUCUAUCAGGAAACUGUGGCUUUGUGUCAGCAAAGGGGCUGUUUACAGAAGUUUAAUUGUGAAUAGGAACAGGCACAGGGGAAAUCAUUGACAGUCAGGUGCCUGUAUGAGUUGGGACUGGGUUAAUGAUUCUCCCCAAGAAGAAAAGAAAUCCUGCCUGCCCUGCCAGCAUCUCUUCAGGGUGACAGUGCUUUAACCACCCUGGGCAUCUGAGGUUCACCUCUCCUGCUGUUUACCCAGCUCUCAUUGUUGUAAUUGCCAUAUUAACAUGAAAGGGUGGGAAUGAGAGGAAAGCAGUGAGUCUCCCCAUCUCCCUUUGCUCUUGGGGAGGGGCUGGGUUCUUCGUGCUUAUCUCACAGUGUCUACUAAUGACCAACAUUUGCUAAUGUAAAUAAUAGUAAAUUAUUGAGAAUCCUAAUUCUUUUACAGUCUGUUUUUUAAUCUAUUUUAAUUAAACAAAAUAUAUUAUUCUAC